UCUUUUCCCCUGUUCCAUUUCUCAAGUCAGAAAUUCUCGCUGUGUGCAAAGACCGGGAGGGGCCUCUCAAUCAACCUCAACCUUCCAACCCUCUCCUUCUGUCCCUACUAACCCCAACAGCAAAACCUCGACCAUCACCAUUAUCGGCAUUCCAAGAUGGUCAAUCUCCGCACCCAGAAGCGCCUCGCGGCGUCCGUCAUCGGAUGCGGCAAGCGCAAGGUCUGGCUGGACCCGAACGAGGUGAACGAGAUCUCCAACGCCAACUCUCGUCAGACCAUCCGGAAACUCGUCAGCGAUGGCCUCAUCAUCCGCAAGCCCGUCACCAUGCACUCGAGAUCCCGCGCCCGCGAGCUGAACCUCUCCCGACGCGACGGCCGACACCGAGGCUUCGGUAAGCGAAAGGGUACCGCCGACGCUCGCAUGCCUGAACAAGUUCUAUGGAUGCGACGUCUCCGAGUCCUCCGACGCCUCCUAGUCAAGUACCGUGCUAGCGGCAAAAUUGACAAGCACCUCUACCACGAGCUGUAUCACGCCAGCAAGGGUAACACCUUCAAGCACAAGCGAGCGCUAGUCGAGCAUAUUCACCGCGCCAAGGCCGAGAAGGCUCGUGAGCGUGCACUCCAGGAAGAGAUGGACGCCAAGCGACAGAAGAACAAGGCUGCCCGCGAGCGCAAACUGAAGCGGCAAGAAGCGAAGCGGAGUGCGCUGGAGGCCGAGGAGGAGGCGUAAGGGAGAUAUGGCUGGGGAAAAGCAGUAUAUGCACGCCAGUCGAGCUGCAGAAGAGAGGCAGCUCGGGAUGUCGUCAUACGGACCACAGGAAGCUGAGACGGCUGCAUUCGGAGUACAUGGUUGGGUCUCUCUAUUUCCUUGCCCCUCGGUCGUAAUCCUUCUACCCCCGGGCAUCGGCUUUG